AGAGCACAGAGCUUAUCCAUGUCAUCACACUCGUGCACAUGGAAGAUUGACCUCAUUAGAGCAUAAUUGCCUCUGAAAGAAUUUCAGUUCAAUAUCGAGAUUCUCUAUAAAACAAGCAUUUGACAUGUAAGAAGAACUGUCAAAAAUCAGAGCUUCGUGUCAGCGUAUCAGAUUAACACUCUACUGCUCCUGUAUUCCAAAGAGGUUUUGCUCAAGAGGAACGAGAUGUCGUUUUUAAAAGGACUUGGGGACAUUAUAGAUGCAUUCGACAAAUCAGCAAAUGAAGAGUUCGAGGUAACGAGGGAAGGCCGACCUUUCAAGAUACUGGUUGAGGGUCGUUUCCACAAACCCUCUGAGCCAUGGGUUUAUGAUGUUACCGCAACCGACCUGCUAACCAACACAUUUCAGAAGAUGAAACAUUACGACAGGAAAGAAGAUGGCGUCAAUGAAGCCAUCAACUCCGUCAUGAACACCUUGAGAGAGAAGGGCGUUACAGGAACGCAUGGACAGACAACACUCGUGUUACAGACUUCUCAGCCUGACCCUUUUGUGUACAACCUAACCCGAAGUGAACAGAUUAACCAAGCCCUGAUGAAAAUGCUGGCUAAGAAGGGUUUCGUAUCUGAUCCGAACCCAGAGACUCCUUCAGGAUCAGGAUCCAGAUCGCCUCCAUCUCCUCCAGUGUAUCAGCAGAUACCAACAUCACCUCCUCAGUCUCUUCAACAAACAAGAGCGACAAUUAGCCAACAAGCAAUGAAUGGCAGUGCUAAAUCGUCUCAGAAAUUUCCCCUCCCAGAUAAUCGAGAAUCAGCAUUAUUACAGUAUGGUAUCCAAAGUAUAGACCCUGAUGUGGAUGGUCUGUAUACCUCUGUUAUCCCUCCGGCUCAACCUGAUCAGACACUACUCGAUCCGAGAUCGACAUACGUGACAUGGGAAUCACCAAUGAAGGGAUUCGUUUAUAUCUUGAACAACAGUGUUUUUCCUGAGCUACCUGAAAGAUCGAGGAUGAGAAGAGGUUCAAAUGUUGAUCUUCAGAACGUCGUCCAUGUCUUUACUCAGCUCGGUUAUAAACCACUGGUUCAUGAGAAUCUAAAAAAGCAGGAAAUUCUUGAUAGUCUUGGCGAAACUAUCAACCGAAUCAACAAAGAUGACGCCACACACAGUUCUCUCUGCAUGUUCUUCAUGAGUCAUGGUAACCAGGAUGGUAUCUCCGGUACGGAUGCUACCAGGUACAACCCCUGUAUCGUCACCAGAUUCGAGAUCAAGAAAAAACUUUCUGGUCGAAAGUGCAAAGCCCUUGUAGGAAAGCCGAAACUGAUCUUCUUCCAGGCGUGCAGAGGAACUACGUUUACUCGUAAUGCUGAUGAGCUUGACGCCAUUCCAGCACCAAGGGCGUCUUUUGAAGUAGACUACGUACCAUCGGAGAGCAAUGAACAUGAUGCAGAACCUUUGGAGGUAGACUUCAUUGAAAUGGAUUCAGUUAACACUGAUGACAGCAAUGACUUAGAUGUUGAUGGUGGAGGAGAGCUACCUGAUAACUCAGAUAUCUUUGUAGCAAAUGCAACAUCAAACGGUUAUUAUUCGAUAAGAAUGAGCAGAGAUGGGUCAUGGUUUAUUCAAGCCAUUUCAGAGAUCUUUCUUGCGCAUGCGCACCAAGGUGAACUUAAUGAGUUGAUGAGAAAGGUGACGUGCCUUGUGACGGAGAGUUAUCGGAUAAAUCAUUUUGAAGAAGCGACUAAACGAAGCUUUGAGGUUCGUCAAACUCCAGCUUACGAAAGUCAAGGGAUGAGAAGAAAAUUUUACUUUCUACCCAAAUAUCCAUGAAAAUAAUGCGAUAUAAGUUCAGUUCUGUAUAAACGUAGUGUUUAUUGAGUGGAAACACACACUUUCGCUAAUCAGAUUACGUUUCUGCCUUGAAAUAGCAGUGUGUUUUGUGGCAAUUGAGUUGAGGUAAACCUUCUUGAAUGUGUUUCUAAUUUAUAAUGUACAUUAUUAUAUUUAGGCUUUAUCUUCUCCAUUCUACGAGCGAGCUGUUUGUAUAUACAUGUAUAUCAAAAGGAACUGUUGCUGGCCGGGCUAGCGCCAUGAGCGUCUCUUGAAGGUGUGUGCGCUCAAAUAAGUUAUCACAAUUACAUAUAUUUUUUAAAAGAUACUGAGCAGUUUUUGUAGUCAUGAAAAAUAUGUGUUACUAACCAAGGGAUUUACUCGAGCGCGAAGUGCGAGCAGUCAGAAAUUUUCAAUAUACUGACCUGAAAAUGAGCAAAGUGCGAGCUGAAAAUUUUUGAUAUUCCGACCUGAAAACUAGACAUUCUUAAAAGCACUUUUUGUAAUCAUGAUCUGGGGGCCGUUUCAUAAAGCUGUUAAGAGCGACUUUAAGAACAACUGGUGAAUCUUUCUUAGGCGCUAAAUAAUCACCAAUGAACAUAUAUGGCGACUAUCAUUUACCACAUUUACCACAAGAAAGGAUCACUAGUCGUUCUUAAAGUCUCUCUUAACUUACGAACAGCUUUAUUAAACCGCCCCGGGGAUGGAUAUCUUGCUCAAUCAUUGAUGUAAGGGGAAGCACGAGCCAAAAAAUGUCUAAUUUUCCUACCUGAAAUGUGUUACUUCACAAAAGGUAUUUCAUUUUGGAAAAAAAGGACAGAUGUUAAUUUGUAGAAAGGGAAUUUUUCAUACUGAUAAAAGGAUUUUUCACACGGGAUUUUUUUAAAGGGGGGAGGGGUGCAUGCCCCCUGUCCCCGGUUCCGUCGCCUCUCUGGUAUAGUAGUAGUAGUAGGUCAGUAUGACAGUAUCGUUAAUGUUAUUAUACAUCAUUCAACAAUAUAUCCUGAAUUUUUUUUUUUUUUUCCUUCAGUCGCUCGUAAUAUCGGCCCUACUUUUAUUUAUUGUGAAAACUUAUAUUCAUCUAUGUACAUAUGGUAUUAUAUGAAGAUUUGCCCACAGCAUGAGCUGUAUUGUACAUACCUUUUACAGAAAAAAAAACACGAAAGCAUAAUUACAGCAAUACCUAGUGAGAAAUAAUAUAAAAAUAUCAUCCCGAAGAGAUAUAAAACCAGUGAUAUAUUAUUAGGGCAAUGUGAAUUAAAUUCACGAUACCAUCAGCAAAAUGUUUUAAAUAAUUAUGUUGACUAUACUAUUCUGGAGUUUUCAACAUAUGCUUAACAUUUUGGGAAGGGAAGGGAUUGUGAUUUUUUUUAAACAAGUGCACACCUAGUUACCAAUAAUGCAUAUAGCAUGUCCAUUUAUUUGAAAGCAGGAUAAAAGACCACUCGGCCAUGAUAAAUGAAUGGUGAUAUAAAAUUAUGACUUUCAGAGUAUAUGUAUCGGUACAUGUAUAGUGGAUGCCGAAUUUUAAACAAGAGACGUGUUAAAAGCAUGUGCCUGUGCUCAGGGUCCUAGGAAAGACUUUUAGACUGGGGGUGUUGAUGUCAAUUUCAAUUUGAAAAGCUCCCCCCCCCAAAAAAAAAAAAAAAAAAAAAAAAGAGGGUUUUCACAACAAAAUGGGAAAAAAAUUGGUCCAGAAAAGUUUGAAAAACAAAUAAAAAAAGGGGUCCAUACAAUGUUAACGUCGUUUUCCUUACAUUUUUCCAUUUUUAAACAUCUACCCAAAUUCCUGGGUGUGCUGCCUAUGUAGAAUAAUACAUGCAGCAUCUCCGCUCCCAGGGCCAUGCCUGUGCUACACUUAUUUUCAUUUAAUUGAAUAAGCAAAACUCAUGACGAAACUGCUGUCCUUUCAGCUGUUCAUUGUCAUUUGACGGUCAUAAAUUUACAUUACAUUUACUGUGUUCUUGAAUCCGUUGUUCGUCGCAGAGUGGAAACUCCCUAAUACCCUACAGUGACCGCAGAAUGGUUUAGAAAGUGGGGGGGGGGGGCAGUGGCAUACAUAUGAGGGGCGAAGCUUGCCCCCC